GCGGAAGACGUGGACGCCAAAGAGCCACAAGCUGCCAUUGCCCAGCGGCGAAGGCUCCGGCUCCUUCCGGGCGCACGACGCGCCGUACAAGCCCAAGACGACGAUCGGGGCAGCCCCCCGGGAGAAGCGCUCGCUCGCGGACCUGCUCAGGCAGGACGAGCAGACGGCGUGCCCGUGA